ACUCAAAUGUCAACGGGAUGACGUCUUUGCUGGCGUAAGGAUGCGGUUCGAUGGCUCCUACUAAAUGAAUGCACGGGGAAUGGGCGCGCGAGACACUCUGCUGGUGGGACAGCGCGCGCUGCUGACCUCCGCACACUUUAUCGCUUUAUCGGGAUUUCUCAACUUAUCUCAUGUGAGGAUUUCUGCACCUUACACUUUUCCUUGCAGAGAAACGUGUCGGUUGAAACUCCCAUCGUUUUCUUUGUUGUAGGACGCGAGUGAGGACACAGCAUGCUGUCCUCCCUGAAGACCCUCCUGCUGCUCUCGGUCCUGUGUACACCGACCUCCAGCCUGUGCCUCCGCCUCUAUCAGACCCGAUCAGACCUCCUGUGCGACGACCAGCUGCCGCUCGGGGUCCGGAAUGACGAGGAAGAGCCUCCUGGUUUCUCCCCCGUGGACGGCUGGGGGUCCCUGCUGCAGUCCGCGGAGUAUCUCACCUCCUCCUCUUCAUCCUCCUCUUUGGAGUCCAGUCGGGAAAAAAGGACUUCAAGCCCCUCAAACUACCGCUUCAUGAGUCGGACCAAGCUCAGAGGGCAGAUGCUCCGGAACAGCAGCAAAGGGGAUCGGAGAAGCAGGCUGACCCUGUCCCUGGACGUGCCCACCAACAUCAUGAACGUGCUCUUUGACGUGGCCAAGGCCAAAAACCUGCGCGCAAAAGCAGCGGAGAACGCGCGUCUUCUGGCUCAGAUUGGUCGGAGAAAGUGAUCAAAAUAUUGUUGGACAAAUCAGAUUUAACAGACAGCCAUGACCAGUGUUGGCCUCGUUUCUUCUUAUUCACUCUGAAGAUGUUGUGUUGGUGUGUUUCUGCAGGGUGAGAGUGAUUGUAGGUUGUAUAAUUCACUUACUCUAUAUGGAAGGUCCUGGUGACCAAAUCUCUGUUUGCACCAAUUCAGACACUGAAAAACUCAAUUAAAGGGUUCAAAAACGAUGACAAGUCAUGACACGUUUUGAGUGAAAGUUGGUUCAUCAGUCUUGAGUUCCUUUGACUUUUAGGGACAACAUAAUAAGAUGACAAAAAUAGCCUUGUAAGAAUAUAAGAGCAAACACUGCAAACUUCAAAUUUGCAAAUUUAUUAACUCUUAAAUGCAUCUUUCAAGUUAAAUUUGUUUCACAUGCUAAACCAUGUAUUUCAUGUGCACUCCAAAAUGUUGUAGCACCAUCUUAAAUAAUAAUAGCAGAAGGUCAAAGGAAAAAGGGAUUCAUAUAUUCCAUAAAGCCACUCAGCGAUAUCAGACAUGAAACAAGUGAGAGAUGUUUUCAGGUCACAUUUGCAGACUUAUUCUUACCUAAAAAGAAGUCUUUAAGAUUCAUUGAUUUUGAAAAGUUGUCCUUUUAGGUGGACAUCAGUUGCAGUUAGUAAAAAUAGUUUUUAUUAUAGCGCAGCCCUCAUAUUGGAUUAUUUGUAAAGUGGAUGAUUAAUGCCCUUAGUUUGCCCUAAAGUAACCAUUAAAUCUCUCACCUCAAAAUAAGAGUAGAGCCGCUAUGUUUUCAAUUCUCAUCAUUGUGAGCCUGAGACCAAUGAAAUCUGUUUUUGCUCCUGUUGUAUAAUCAUGAUGCUACUUUCUCUUGGGUGCUUUAUUUAGUUAUCGACCUAGAGGUUUUCUGUUCAGAAGUUCACAUGGGAGCCUCUACGUAGUGAUUCCAGAUUUGAAACACUGACAGUGGAAACACUGAACACACAGUACAAAGCAACAGUAAGUUCAUGACAAAUUGUAAAAUGAUAAUGCAUGGGAUUGUUAUUGUUCAUCAGAUGUCUGUUAUUUUUAUACUCCAAAUAAAGGAUUAUUUUUCC